GUGGUGUUGGUGGGUCCCAGUUGGGUAAUAGAAAAAGUUGGGCCUCGGCAUAGGAAGUGUCGAACCCCCGCGUCUCAUCGGAGAAGCCGCCCGUCUUCUUCUUUACAACAUCAUAUUAUUCUCAAUUCCCCCAGUCUUAUAACCAAGCAGGUGAAGAACAAGAAAGAAGAGAAAGUUAGAACGGCCAAAGAGUUAAGAGGUAGGUGACAUUUCUCUGACCCGACAACAUUGUUGAGCUGUGGAGGAAGCAUACAUAGGACUCGAUCGCCAUGUGUUAUUAGAUGUUCAUUUGCAGACGACAUGGCGGAGCGAGGAAAUGGCGUAGCACCAUAGAUAGCGGCCCUUCCAUAUUUGAGGUGCAUCUCCAUCUCCAUCGCCCUCAGAACGAUUCUUGGUAGUGAUUUCAUCUAAACAACAAAAUAUGGAAACCUCAAACUCAUUUUUACUCCUUAUCAUCCUUAUAAUUCUUGUUAUCAUCCUACUUGUAAUGGCUGUCUUUUGGAAGUGUAUCAAAGUCGAGACAUUCUUUAAAACAGUAAAAACUACAGGAACCCUUUCAGUCCCUGAUUACUUCAGCGGUAAUCUUCGAACAAUAAGCCACUUCAGCUACAAAACCUUAAAGAAAGCCACCAGAGAUUUCCAUCCAAAAUACCAGCUCGGAAUAGGAGGUUUUGGCACAGUCUAUCGGGGAGUACUAGAUGAUGGGAGGACGAUUGCGGUGAAACAAUUGUCAGUUGGAACUUCUAAGCAAGGAGAGAAUGAAUUUCUUGCUGAGGUUAAGAUGAUAACAAGCAUCCAGCACAAAAAUCUUGUUAGGCUUGUGGGCUGCUGUUCGGAGGGGGCGCAACGACUCCUUAUCUACGAGUACAUGCAAAAUGGAAGCUUGGAUAAUAAUCUAUUUGAAAACGGUGAAUCGUUUUUGAAUUGGAAGACAAGGUUCCAGAUCAUUCUUGGUGUAGCAAGGGGUUUACGAUAUCUGCAUGAGGACUCAAAUUUAAGGAUUGUUCAUAGAGAUAUCAAGGCCAGCAACAUCCUUCUUGAUGAUAAAUUUCAACCCAAGAUAAGCGAUUUUGGUUUGGCUAGGUUUUUCCCUGAAGACCAAGCAUAUCUCAGCACCAAAUUUGCAGGAACUCUAGGCUAUACUGCACCUGAAUAUGCUAUAAGAGGAGAGCUUUCUGAGAAGGCCGACAUUUACAGCUUUGGUGUUCUUGUGCUUGAGAUCAUUAGCAGCAGGAAGAACACAGACCUUACACUACCUACUGAGAUGCAGUAUCUUCCAGAAUAUGCAUGGAAGCUUUAUGAGAGAUCGAAGAUCAUCGAGUUGGUCGAUCCAAAACUGAAAGUUGAUGGGACAGUGGAGAGAGAUGUGUUACUAGUAUGUGACGUGGCAUUGCUGUGCCUCCAGCCAUACCCGAGCUUACGGCCUCCGAUGUCUGAAAUAGUCGUGAUGUUAGCAUGCAAAACAGAACCACCUCCUGCUCCUAUGAAGCCGGCAUUUCUUGAUCGCAAGAAUAGAUUUUCGACUGAAAGCACAUUUCUAGUACCGUCCCCUUCACCAUUUCGUAUCGACUCGCCCUCCUCCCACAUUGAGAAAUAGUACCUGUCUAUGCCAUUAUGAUGACAGGCUCUAUAAGACUUGCUGAGAGAGGAGGGCCACUGCAGUAUAUCUAUAUAUGACAGCAAGAUUUUUUUUUUACCAGAUUGACUACUGCCGUGCCAACAAUAUGUUGUUUGCUGCCUAUAUGUAUGGAUAAAAAAAUGUAUAAGUUAAAUUGUCAUUCACAAGGCACCACCGCUGCAAUGUGAGAGUGUAAAUUCAUGGAGCAAGAUAUUGUUACAGUAUCUGCUAUUUGAAUUAGAGGGGUAUGACAGUAUGUAGGAGUCAAGAAAUCCAGAGACUUUAUAUAUCGCUCUUGUGGUGUUGGGUCAUCUGACUCCAAUUAGUUGUAAGUCGUUAGAUUUCAUAUGGUUCAUUUUAUAUUUUAUAUUUUUUACAUAUUAAAGUCCAAAUAAAGAAGAGCUCUAUCUCUUUUUGCGGCA